CUUUUAUACUUCUAUUAAAAAAAAAAUUGCGAAAUUUUAAAACAAAAGGAGCGAAGAAAAAAAGCCGUAACUUUUCUAAAAUAUACAAAAUAAAAUCUGAGAUUUGAAGAUUUCUGAAUCAAGCAUAAAAUACAGAAAUCAACAAAACACCAAAAUGGAAGACAUCGCAGUGGUUAAAAAACGAGGUCGUCCCCCAAAGGCGGGAAGCAAGCGUGAAGCUGCACCGGCAGCGGGAAGUCCCGUUCCAAUAAUACCCAAAAAGCGAGGGCGUCCAUCGAAAGCCAAGGGACGCGGCCGACCUCCAAAGAAUCCAUCUGGAGAUGCAGCAGCCAGCGACAAUGAGGGUGGCGAAGCGGUGCAAGAGGUCAAGGUGAAGAGCACCGGUAAAGGUCGCGGGCGGCCACGCCAAGAACCCAAGCUGGAUAAGAGCGAGAAUGAGGAAGAUGAUGAUGGCGAUGCCGAUGAUACAGAAGAUGAGCCGCAGGCUAAGCAGCAACAAAAGUCGCCCUCAUCUGCCAAGCGGCGCAAACUGGGAAGACCACGCAAGCAUCAACCGAGUGAUGCAGAAGAGGACGAUGAGGAAGAAGAACGUCGUCCUGUGGGACGCCCUUCAACUGGCGCCGUUAACUUGAACAUUGUGCGCACUGGACGCGGCACCGGACGUCCAAAGGGUGGCGCACUUUCAACUGCUGCUGGCUCGGAUGGCGAAGUAGCACCCAAAAAACGGGGACGCCCAUCGCUGAACUCGAAAGCCGCAACUCCGUAUGUGCCAUCGGGUCGUCCGCGAGGUCGUCCAAAAGCCAAUAAUAGUAAUACUGGAGACGAGCAGCCGGAGGACGAAAGCGCCGAAGACGAUAUGGAGGGGGAUGAGGAUCAGCCGCCAGCUGUAGUGUCCACGCCAAAGAAACGCGGGCGUCCUUCGCUGUCUGGUAAUAAUUCGCAAUCGGGUGGCAAACCACGCGGUCGCCCCAAGGUAGACAAAUCGCCCAGCUCUCAAGUGGAUGCCGGAGAGCCAGAUUCAGCUAAUGAACAGGAAAACGAGUCUUCGUUAAAGAAGCUUGGACCUCGAGGACGCCCGAAGGCAGCAAAAAAUGAAGAUGCCAAUGGCGGGGAUGAUGGCGCUGAUGGCAGCAGUGAUGGCGAUAAUUUGUCGGAUGUCCAAGUUAAAACAUCAACCAACAAAGAUUCCAAGUUGGAGAAGAAGAAACGCGAUAUUUCAGAAAAUGGCGACGACGAUGAUUCCGAUGGCGAGGGCGGUGCUCGUGAUGGAUCCGUUGAGAGUAUCUCCGAUGAACCAAAUUGGGCCGGUGCUUAAUUUUCUUUUAUAUAUCUAACUCACACGUACACAUCAGCAGCUGAAUAAUAAAUCAGAAACAAAUUUGUUCACCCAUUCCCAAUACUCAAUAUACGAAGAAGUCGAUAUUUUUGUAAUCUUCAUUUGAUUUAUUUCAUAAUCACUCCAUUACUAGGUAACUCUACUUAUAAGUAAUUGAAAACAAAAAAAAUAUUGAGAAGAAUUUUUAUUAUCAGUAACAUUUCACUUUGGUUUAAAUACGUUUACCAUAAAAACAAUAUUGCGUAGUAUAUACACAUAUAUCAAUACAACUUAAACAGAAGUAAUAAAUGUGAUGCGUACGCAUUAUCGGU